AUGUCAACGCCGUUCGGACAAUAUCUUCUUGCAUUAUACAAGCAAUGCAAACAAUUCAUCAUCAAUUUAAACUUAUGUCACUCUGCACGAAAGCCAGCAACAAAUCCAUAUGAUAUUUACACACAAAUUCUCUCAACUCGUGUAUAUAUCACUCUUGUCCUUAUGUCUAUUUCUAUUUAUACCUUUUAUCUGUCUCAAGUGACUAUAACAAGCACAAUCAACAUUGAACAUCCUACAUAUGAUCAAUACUUAAGUUUAUAUAAAGUUUACAAUCAAACAUUAUCAUGUCCAUGUUCGACUCUUUCUGUUCGCUAUGACCAAUUCAUUCGUAUCAAUGUUUCAUUCCAUCCAGUAUGUGAUAGUUUGUAUGUAACAUCAGCUUGGCAGAACUAUAUCGAUUCAUCGAUUCAUUUACAGAAUCUAUCGCCCCAUUUUCCAUCUACAAUUUCCCAUUCGUUUCAAGCUCUUGCUAAUCUAUGUCAUUUAGCUAAAAUGAUGCUAACGACUGGUCUAAGCGAUUUUAACGGUAAACACUUUAUUACUGGCAAACUUUUAUCAGCGGAUGCACUUUUACAGGAAAGUAAUGAAGCACUUCGAUCUUUUUUAUAUGGCAUAACCACGUCAUUUAUUCGUUCGAUUAGCUUGGUGCAAGAUGUUACAUAUGCUAAUGGAAUUGUUUCUGGUUUGUUAACUAUGCAUGCACUUGUAGUCGAGAAAUCUAUCGUAAAUAAUGAAUCACAGUAUAAUGUAGAACUUAUAUCGAAAAGAUAUUUAUCUGAUUCAGAAAACUGUUCAUGUUAUACUACAAAGCUGUGCACCCAAAAGACUUACAUUGAUGGUAAACAAUUAUUCCAUAUAUCAGGUAUUCUGUCAGGUUGUUCUAUUGUCGAAGCACUUUUGCAGUCUAAUCUUGCUUGUCUUUACAACCAAUCCUGUAUUAAUUAUGUUCAAUAUGCUCUUAAUUCAUCUCUGACUAUGAACGNGAAAAGAUAUUUAUCUGAUUCAGAAAACUGUUCAUGUUAUACUACAAAGCUGUGCACCCAAAAGACUUACAUUGAUGGUAAACAAUUAUUCCAUAUAUCAGGUAUUCUGUCAGGUUGUUCUAUUGUCGAAGCACUUUUGCAGUCUAAUCUUGCUUGUCUUUACAACCAAUCCUGUAUUAAUUAUGUUCAAUAUGCUCUUAAUUCAUCUCUGACUAUGAACGUGACAGCACUCGAUCCAAAUACAUCGAGCCAAUAUACGCCAACUACAACUCUUUUCUCUAUAGUUUCUCAACUCAUGAUCGAAAAAUUAACAAACAUAACAUCACACAUGAACUAUUAUAAUCAAUGUUAUCCAAAAACAUGUACUUAUACAUAUGUUGGCAAAACUAGUUGGUUUGCAUUGAUUACGAUUAUCGUUGGUGUUGUCAAGAGUAUUUCAAUCGUUUUAAAAUUCGCAGUGUAUCAUAUCGUGAAUUUCAUUCGUUCGUUUCGUCGACCUAAGCCUCCUGAACAGCAUAGAGUCACUCAACCACGUACUUUGGUGAGAGAUUACAUUGGUAAUUUAUGCAGAACACUCCGAGCAUUAAUUUUUAACUUGAAUUUGCUUAGCUCCGAGCAGCCAGUUGAUGAAUUUCAAGAACAAACGGAAAUCAUUUCAACUCGCGUGUAUAUUGUUGCUCUGGUUAUCUCAUUUAUUUUCUAUAGCAUUUAUAUAUCUCAAGUGACUGUUUUAAAACAAGUUGCUGUGCAAUCGCCUAUAUAUGACGAAUACGUCAAACUUUACAGAAAGCAUCUACAAUUGUUAACAUGUUCAUGUGAAAAUAUUGGUAUACAAUACGAUCGAUUCGUAAAUGUUACAGCCCGUUUUCAUCAAGUGUGUGAGAGUGAUUUCGUUACAGAUGCUUACUUUGCAUAUCUUUCUCAAACUCGUGUUCGCCAUUCUAGGUUUACAGGAGAAUCAUUUUUUCGUCUAGUGGCAAUUUGGUGCCGUUUAGCUAAUUCAAGUUUGACUACGGACCGUGCGACAUUUAGUGCUACACAAUUUACUACUAAUAAAGUUCUUCAUGUAGACUUUUUCAACGAACAAGUUCGAUCAUUGGUUAAUCUUUUCACUAUGUCAACGAUGAACACUUUUAGUCAAACGCUAGCCGUAGUGAAUCAGAUCAUGCAUAUCAAUGGAUUAUACAGUAUUUUAUCGACUGAGUCGAGUUUCACCAUACGCCAUAGGAAUGAAUCAUUGAGAUUAUUUCAAGGAAUUCAUCGAUAUGGUGGCCGACAUUGCUCUUGUCAGUUCACAACGGCUUGUACUGUAUCUCUUUUAGAACUCACCGGAUCACUUUUUGAUAUUCCUGGAUUGCGCACCGGUUGCUAUAUAAGCGAGGCUGCACUUCAGUCAACACUGCACUGCUAUUAUAAUCAAACAUGCUUAACUGAUGUACAUAAAAGUCUUGGCCCGACGACGGAAUUUAAUUCAACAAUUCUCAGGUCAGAGUUGGACAUAAAAUUUAAUGCUACAUCUCUCAUCAGUACCAUUGUGAGCCACAUGAUGAUCGAUAACUGGACAUAUACAGCAUCUCAUGAAAGUUUUUAUAACCAAUGUAAACCUUCGUCAUGUGUCUAUUCUUAUGAGACUAAAAACAGUCUCUUUGAUGUUGUUAUUGGUUUUAUAGCAUUGAUCGGUGGACUAACGAUGAUUCUUAAAUUUAUAAUUCCUCUUAUCGUUAUAAAACUACGAAAAAGAGUUUCAAAUCAUGAGCAAACGAUCAAUGAAGUAUCAGCUCUGUCACGGCUAGAGCGAAUUCACCGGCUGUGGAAUGAUAUAAAACACUGGAUGCAAACAUUUACUAUGUUUUAUUCAACAUCGCAAUUAAACGUGAGUCGUACGCAUGAAGUUCGAAACAAUAUAAUUGCGACACGAGUCUGCAUCGUUCUACUUGCUCUGUCGUUAUGUGGAUUCUUUUUCUAUACAUCCCAAAUAUCCAUUUUAAAAGUAGUUCAUACAAAAGAACCUUCAUACGAAAAAUAUUUAGAAUUGGAUAGACGCUUUCAUCAAACACUUUCAUGUCCGUGUACACAUAUUUCAAAUCGUUAUGACAAAUUCAUGCAGUUGAAAGUCGCGAAAUAUCACGAGGUGUGUCAAAGUAUAUACGUGACAUUUGACUGGCUCUGGCUUUUGGUCCAAAGCGUACCGGAAAACGUUUCUAUUACUCCAGAUGAUUUUCGCGUAUCGGGAGUCAAUUGGUUUCAAGCAUUAGGAUUUUUCUGUAAUUUAUCACGCACAACUAUCACUGAGGAGUUGAUCCGUUUCAACAGUCGGACUUUCGUUACAAGCCAUGUGUUGACCUUGGACUUGUUCAAACAGCAGUCGCAAAAUCUGAUCGAUUCCUUUAUGCUUUCAAUGACAAAUAGUGUUUCACGUGCAAUGCAGAUAAUACGCGAUAUUAUUCAAAGUAACGCUCUAACAUCCAGUCGCAGUACAAAUGUGUUAAUAAAUCUGAAUAUUACAGAUGACCACGGUAUUUUUCUUGAAUUCAGUUUCAAAAAAAUCAUGAAUCAUCUAUCACAGGAAAGUUGCUCCUGUAAACGUACACCUUUAUGUGUUGAAGUAUUAAAUGUUUAUUCUAUAAAUUCGACCGGUAUUCAACUUCCACCCAAACUAUUUACUGUGCCUGGCGUUCUAAGCGGUUGUUUAAUUGUCGAGGCACUUCUUCAAUCAAAUCUUGUUUGCUUUUACAAUCAAUUAUGCAUUAAUGAACUUCGUCAAGCUCUCAAUAUAUCUAAAACUCUUGAUACUGUGGCACUUAAUCGAAACAUAUCAGUUCAGUAUAGUCCGAAUACGACUCUCCAAGAUAUUAUAUCUGAGCUAAUGGUCGAUCAAUGGAUAAAAAUAGUAUCUCACAAAAAAUAUUAUGAACAAUGUUAUCCUGAGAUGUGCACAUAUACUUAUAUCGGGAGGAACGAUUGGAUCGUUGUACUAGCAUCCAUUAUCGGUAUUUAUGGUGGUGUGGCAAGUAUUUUGCAAAUAGUAGUUCCCGUAUUGGUCAAAACAUUUCGAUCGUGCCGCAAGCGACAUGUGGUGUCGGUUGUUGUUUCGUGA